AUGGCCAUCUCGUCUCUCAUCGUCAAGCUCUCCCCGUUCAUCGCCUCCGUCGUGGUGCUAUGGGUCAUCGUCUUCGGCAUACGACACGGCGCCACCUGGGGCUCCAUACGAGAGGGAGUCAGCAUCGGCUCGUUCGGCCACCACCAUCAGGAAGCCCCUGUUGACGGGGGCGACGCGAGUCUACUCGAGCAUGCUUCGAAGCCUGGCAACUUGCCCCGCCGGCGACUAUAA